AUGUCGUCGACGUCGUCUACCUCGAUGCUUUCAAGACCAAGUUGGAGGUUCCUGCAUGAGUUUGCCGUCUUGGUUCUGCCCUUGCUGGUUGGGAUCACACUAGGUGCGAAGUGGGGAUGGGCGCUGAAUCUAGGGUUAUGGGGAAGAGCAGGGGCGGUCUACUGGAACGAACGGCGAUCAUUCGCUCUCCAUCCUCAUCCCCCACCUCAACCCACCCCGUCCCCAACCCCCAAAUACCACUACCCCCCGCUGACGACCUACCGUGCCCAGCUUCUCCUCCUGACAGUCCUCUCCAUCCUCGCUGUCGACUUUCCCGUCUUCCCCCGAGAGCAGGGGAAGACCUCUUCCCUCGGUUGGUCCCUCAUGGACGUAGGUGUGGGCUCCUUCGUCCUCUCAUCCGGUAUAGCGGCGUCCCGUCUCUCCCCGUCAACUCUCGGGAAGACACUGCGGCGACAGCUCCCUCUUCUCCUUUUGGCACUAGCCAGGGUCGUGGCGGUCAAGGCGCUAAACUACCCCGAGCAGCUGGAGGAAUACGGCUACCACUGGAACUUCUUCUGCACACUCUUUCUUCUUCCUCUGCUUUCUCUCCCCUUCCGGCCUUUCCUGCGUUACGCAGCCACGCACGCAAGUAAAGAACUUACAGCGGGGGUAGCGGUUGCUCUUGCGCUGGGAGUGAGUGGGGCGCACCAGUUCUGGCUUGACAGUGAAGGACAGGAGUGGGUUAUGGGCCCGGACCGGGAGGGGUUAUUAGCGCAAAACAAAGAAGGGGUGUCCUCUCUCCCCGGCUACCUGGCAAUCUACCUCCUCGGCCAAGCAACUGGGCUCCUCCUACCCCUCUCCCUCCCUCCCUUUGGCGAGCCCCCCGCUAGUGAAGUCCUAGACCGGCUCGUGCCCCUGCUCAGCGUUCUAGCUGCCGUAUUCCUGGGAACGAGAUACCACGCUCUCGGGGACGGGGCGUGUAGGCGUACCGCGAAUAUGCAGUAUGUGCUCCAUACGGGGGUGUACAAUGUCCUCUUUUUAUGCGCAUAUAUCCUGCUAGAUGCGUACUAUUUCCCCGCAUCCCAAAACCCGCCAUCUGGUAUAUCCCCAUCCUCAACGUCCAACCCUCCACCCUCCGCCCCGCCGAGCACAAGCCCAACUGGCCCGUCCUUCCCUCCUCCCUCCCCCCGGACACCACCCCUCUUCCUUCCCCUCUCGCAACAUCCUCUCCCCCUCUUCCUCCUCUCCAACCUCCUGACCGGUCUUAUAAACCUCCUCUUGCCGACGAUGUACGUCCGACAUUGGGCAGCGAUGCUCGUGCUUGGGACGUAUGCCGCGGCGGUGUGCGGGGUUGGCUGGGUUUGGAAGGGACUGGGCUUGGGGUGGUAG